AUGGCGGAAAGGGAAGGAGCAGUCGUAAAGCAAGGCCAUGAAGAAGGGCUGAAGAUGGCCGUAGCCCUCCUCGAAGAGUUCGAGCUUCCAAGUGGGCUCCUCCCAUUGGCUGAUGUGGUCGAGGUCGGCUUCGUGAGGAGCACCGGAUACAUGUGGAUUCAGCAGAAGAAGAAGAUCGAGCACAACUUCAAGGUCAUCAGCAAGCUCGUCAGCUACGACACCAAUAUAACUGGUUAUAUGGAGAAGAAGAGGAUCAAGAAGCUCAAGGGAGUGAAGGCCAAGGAGCUCAUGCUGUGGCCGCCGGUCAGCGAGAUCAUCCUUGUCGAUCCGCCCACCGGGAAGAUCAACUUUAAGAGCCUUGCCGGCAUCACCAAGACCUUCCCGGUCGAGGCCUUUGCUGCGGGCCAGUGA